AUGGAUCGAAGACAACUGCAAUCAUUGCUUCCCAGCAGCAGCGGCAGCAACAAUACCAACCUCUCGGCCGGCUCAAGCAGGUCUGGCCGCGCUGAGAGGCUGGCACGCAAUAAAAUCACCCGGGCCGGAGUCCAGUGUACCUUCGACCCUUCGCUCGAUGGUCGACGGGCGGGCCAUCGUGAAGACCGUGAAGCGUUGGCUGUGCAGAACCGGCUUCUCACGGCACUGUUCCAAGUGGUCCGAUUCCGCUCGACCGCACAGGUUGAGGCCGUUAUCAAAUGUAUCCGCGAGGUCGACCCGACCCACGACAUCUUUGCAACCAUUCAGGACUGUCUCCAGCAACUCGACGAAGGCGAACCUGCCGCUUCUGGCGGAGUUGAUGGAUUGCAAUCUGACUUCCAACUGCAGUUGCUCGCUACAUCGUCGACCGAAGAGUCUGAAAAGGACGAUUCGGAUGUUGUCUGUCUAGACAGAGACACAUAUGGCCAAGAAGCCGCUUAUGAGAUCAGCACGCCUCCAAGCCAUGGCGACGGGAAGGAUGAAAACCCGCCAAACAGUCGCCCUAAUGGCAGGAUAUGUCCUACGUGCAAUCAACCUUCUCCCGCAUCUACCGACACACUCAGUCCGUCGGAAAGCGCUCACGAGCAUCCAGGGCAUUCCGUGGCAGAUGAACAAAACGCCCAAGGAACGGACUUCCGCAGUGGCAGAGCUCACCACGCCUGUGGAGCGACGCCUCCAAACACGACGACAUCAUCUUCGAGAUGGCAAAGCAAUAUUGGCGACCUGCAACAAAAUCGGCGGGGGUGGCAUUUCACGUUAUGCGCUCCAGGGACUCACUCAGCUCAUCCUACUGAAGCUGCAGCAGUCAAUCAGGUUGAAGAGAGGGCACAACAAACACAUUCUUCAUAUCAGCUAGUGGCUCAACAUGCCGCUCAGGGCACCAGUCCAUCAACAACGAGUGCCGAAGGGCCCAAUACUCGCGGUGCUUCUCACAGUCACGGCUCCCCGCUUUACGGCAUCCAAACGCUGAUUAUGAAGGAAAAGACCCCGCUCAGCGACAUCAUUACUGGAUUUAUGGACAACGCUCAGGCCCUGCUCUCAUAUGGCGUCUCACCGUCUAGUGUCCUUGGUUCGGAUGUGAUUGAUGUGGAUCUGUUUUUCCGUGACCGGACUCGGGAGGAUGAAUUUACAGUCUGCAGCUGGGCUUGCGAGGUAUGGCGAAGCUUCCACGAUUGGGACGUGUAUGUCCGGCUGGCGCAGAUUUUAGCAUAUACCACAGUCAUGCGCUGGAUGCUUGUCCCCACAGCACAAUCCUAUGCUGCCAUUCCGGCCAUUCUCAGACCGCGACCAAUCCAAUACUUGGUACCGCAUCACAUUGCGCUUGACUUCUUACCACUGCCACCGUUGCGGGAGGCUCUAAUCAAAAAUCUGCGGGACUGGAUGACAGCUUUGCCUGCAGCCCCGCUAAGCGUCAAUUGGGUUCGCGGUAUUGACACAGCGGUAGUUUGGGACGAUCAACGCCGCCGCCGCCGCCUCUCUCAAGAAUUCGUCCAACAUGUCACAAACUACCAGAAUUGGAGCGUUGGCGAAAGUAUUCUCGACACAUUCCCUGAGGUCGAGGGGUUGAUUCGGCUUGAUAGGAAAUGA